GCGCAAAAAAUCUGCCACGAAAACAAGUCCCUCAAAUUCUGCUGGAAAUCAAUGAAAAACUGACGAAAAAAUUGCCGAAACGGAAAAAUCUUUCGAUAAAUGUGUGCAGGAACAUCGAGAUUCAAGCAUUAUGCCAAAAACAAACGUACUUUUCAAAGUUCGUCGAUUCAGCAACAAAUGGGUCAUUCAAUCGUUUACGGUAAAGGAGAAAGUAAUUCGUUUCCGGGAUGUUGAAUUAAAGACCACAAAUUUCGUGGAUGUGCUCAAAUGGGAUCAAAUCGACCAUCAUUUGCGGUAUGUGUACUUAAAGGAAAACACUCAAAGCAUCAAAGGCUUCGCGAUGAAAAAUAUCGAAGAGGAAGAGGGCGAAACGGAGUUUUUUGUCGACAAUUUGAAGGUAAUUGUCAAAUUAAAGGCAGUUUCGAGUGAAUUAUUGAAAGUGAUGGAAGUCAAAAAGGAAGAAAGUUACAGCUGUUACAUGUCCAUAGACAUCGAGGAAGUUCCCUGUGACGGUAGCAAAGUCAAAAAAGUAUUAAGUGUCAAUCACAACAACAACAACGAAGAAAAAACGCCUUCGAAACAGCAACGCCGGCACAUCGACACGCCUCAACUGCAUCCGCUGCCCAAAUUACGAAGUCUCCGUCGCCCAAAAAAACUCUCAGACAGCGAAUCGGAGUACAAACCGACGAGCGAUCGUCAAAAAAGUGCCGUACCUGAAUAUGUUCCUUCCGUGUCGUCAUCCGCGGAUGCCAGCAACGAACAUGCCGAAUACCAUCCCGAGCCCUUAAGCGGUUCGCGUGAGAAUUUGCUGCAUUAUACGCCAAGUAGCAAGAAAAAUGCCGCCAAACGAGGCAUUAAUUCGCCCGUUUUUGGUUCCACAAAGAAAAUUAAGAAGAAAGAUGACUCCCAAUCUGAUUCAGAAUCGCUCGCGGAAACCUUAGACAACGUUUCAAUUUCGAAAAAAAAUGAUCUCUUCGGGUCUGACAGCGAAAAUGAAGCAACUGGCGAUGUAGCUGCCGUCAAAAAAGACUUGAGUCUCGAAUCGUUGGAAAGAAAAUAUGGGGAAAUGGAUCCGCCAAAGCAGAAAACGACUCGUACAGCAAAACCACGGACCAAAACAAGCAAAGCAAGUUCAUCGAGCAGCUCGACGGUGCAAACAUCCAUUCAUAAAUACGCCGAAGGAAGCGAUGUCGCAAGCAGAAAGGCGAAAAAAGAUCGCGAACGUGAAAUUGCGCAGGCAGAACGCAUCGCCGAACACGAAAAACGCAUGGAACGCAUCAACGCUGAACGUGUCGAGAUGGAAAAAGUCACGGAAUUCUUCAAGGAACAAAUUCAAAAGCAACGUGGGCCCCAAUUCGAACAAAAACUCGUCUUUCCGCACUUCACAUUGGAUCAAAUUAAGGAAAAAUUCGAAAUUUAUCGCGAAACUUUCGUCGAAAUGAUCAAAACGGUCAAAGCUAAACCUCGUCCCACACGUUCUGCCUUGUACACGGCAAUCUUUGGGAUAGUCGAUACCGAUGUGAUUGAUCGCAUGUCAGAUACGUUGCACGAAAAUUUUCCGCCCAACGAGGUAAACAUCAAAAAUUGGUCGCACGACGCCCUGAUAGCGGAUUAUUUGUUGCCCGAAUGGGUCGUUAUGCUGUUCCGCGAUGAAUUUAAUUUGGAUGAGACUGAAGCGCGCCAACGCAUUCAUUGGCAAUCGACACUCAAUGAUGAUUCGGGAGAAUUUCAAUUCUAAAUUUUUUUUCGUACCCUUAGAUUUUAAGUUUUUUUUUUGAAAAAAGAGAAGAAAUUAAAAAGAAAAAAUAAGUUU